AUGGGAGCCUGAGCUGAAGUAAUGGUGCUGGGAAACUUCUCCCAAGUGCCUGAAUUCAUCCUCCUGGGCCUUUCUGAUACAAGGGAGCUGCAAGUCCUCUUCUUCAUUUUCUUCCUCCUGGCCUAUGCCAUGGUUCUGCUGGGGAACCUUCUCAUCAUUGUGACCGUCAGGACUGACCCCAAGCUGUUGUCACCCAUGUACUUCCUCCUCUGCAAUUUGUCCAUCUUAGAUAUCUGCUGCACCUCCGCCACCUCUCCCAGGCUGCUGGUGGACCUGCUGUCCCAGAGGAAGGCCAUUGACUUUGAAGACUGCAUGGCCCAGCUCUUUUUCCUGCACUUUGUAGGGGCAUCAGAGAUGUUCCUCCUGACUGUGAUGGCUUAUGACCGGUACACUGCCAUCUGCAAGCCCCUGCACUACACAGCCAUCAUGAACCGGAGGGUGUGCUGGCUCCUGGUGUUUGCCUGCUGGGCAGGGGGCUUCCUCCACUCCAUUGUCCAGACACUGCUCACAGUCCAGCUCCCCUUCUGCGGCCCUAACACCAUCGACAACUACUUCUGUGAUGUGCCUCUUGUUAUUCGGCUUGCCUGCACUGAUAUCUAUGUCAUUGAGUGGCUCAUGGCUUCCAACAGCGGUUUGAUAUCCCUGUUUUGCUUCCUGGUGCUGGUCACAUCUUACAUGUUCAUCCUGGCCACCAUCAGGGUUCGCUUCACUGAGGGGCACUGGAAGGCACUCUCCACCUGCGCCUCACAUGUGAUGGUCGUCACCAUCUUCUUUGUACCCUGCAUCUUCAUCUACCUCCGUCCCUUUUCUACCUUCCCCUCUGACAAGCACAUCUGUGUGAUCUACACUGUCCUCUCCCCAGUGUUAAACCCCCUCAUUUAUACCCUGAGGAAUAACGAGGUGAAGGCAUCCAUGUGGAAAUUGUGGAACCGCUGCAGAGACAAGCUGGGUUUGUGACAAACCUGGAGGUCCUUCCCUACAGACUAAUGGCAGAGUGGGG